UGUCGGUGACCCCUGACCCCACUAUACACAACCGGAAUCCCGUGAACGGCGGAAGGAUCGGAAACAACGACUUCAUGCAGUUAAUUCCUGCAAACUCCAGCCUGCUUUAUUCUAUAAAGAUACUUCUCAGCUAUCAGAACGUCAGGAAUGAUGACAUCCACGUUGCUGCGAUGUUGUGCAGUGAUAUUUCUCACUCACCUCUUUCUCAUUGGGACUAUUGGCAAAGAAUUCCCAACUCUAGACCACAUACGUACCAAGGUGGAUGAUGCCACACAGCAGCAGACAGUAGAAGACAUGAUCUUCAGAACUGUUGGGGACAGAUUUAGUGACUUCAGUGUUGUAGUGGACUCUUCCUUCUUGCCUAUGGGUAAAGAAGCAUUCCAGCUGGACACAGUCGGAAGUAAGAUAGUCAUCCGUGGUACAACAGGUGUAGCAGCUGCGCAUGGCUUCAACCACUACCUGAAGUACUAUGCCAGGUGCCAGGUGUCCUGGACUGUCCAACAGGUGCACCUGCCAGGUGUCCUGCCACCUGUUACCCCAGCUGUCACCAUAGUAACUGUUAACAGGUAUCGUUACUACCAGAAUGUCUGUACAGUGAGUUACUCCUUUGUCUGGUGGGACUGGUCGCGCUGGGAGAGACACCUGGACUGGAUGGCACUCAGUGGUAUCAACCUCCCACUGGCCUUCAAUGGACAGGAGGCCAUCUGGCAGAAGGUCUACCUCAGUCUUGGCUUCACCCAGAAGGAUUUGGAUGAACAUUUUGGUGGUCCUGCAUUUCUAGCAUGGGCACGUAUGGGAAACAUCCGAGGGUGGGGCGGCCCCCUGCCCCAGUCCUGGCACCAGAACCAGCUGGAACUACAGCACAAGAUCUUAGCAAGGAUGAGGAACUUCGGUAUGAUACCUGUUCUACCAGGCUUUGCUGGGCAUGUACCUGCAGCUAUUACAAGACUCUACCCUAAUGCAUCUGUAUCUAGACUACAGUGGGGGAGAUUUGAAGACCCGUACUGUUGCACAUACUUGCUGGACCCUCAGGAUCCACUGUUUUCUCACAUUGGAGGAAUGUUUAUUACUGAGAUGAUAAAAGAGUUCAAUGGCACCAACCACAUCUACAAUGCAGAUACAUUUAAUGAGAUGCGGCCACAGUCAAGUGAACCAAACUACCUCUCAAAAGCUGGUGCUGCAGUGUAUGCUGGCAUGUUAGCAGGAGAUCCUCAAGCCAUAUGGCUGAUGCAGGGUUGGUUGUUUCAGGCCAGGGAUUUCUGGCAGCCUGCUCAGACAAAAGCACUUCUACAGUCUGUUCCAGAGGGUAAGAUGAUUGUACUGGACCUGUUUGGUGAGGUUCAGCCUAUCUACAACACAACUGACUCCUUCUAUGGACAACCCUUCAUCUGGUGCAUGCUGCAUAACUUUGGGGGCAACCUGGGCAUGUAUGGAACAGUAAAGACUGUCAACCAGGGCCCAUUUCUUGCGCGGAAGUACCUCGGCAGUACGAUGGUUGGAACAGGACUGACACCAGAAGGCAUCGAUCAGAACUACAUCAUGUAUGAGCUGAUGAACGAAGUGGCAUGGAUGCCGCAGCCUUUCCAAAUCUUGGAUAAUUGGGCGUCUGACUAUGCAUGGUCGCGGUAUGGGGUAAAGAACUCCAAUGCUUCUCUUGGGUGGCAAAUCCUCUUGAAAAGUGUGUACGACUGUGAAAACGGAUUCAAAGACCACUGCGACUCUGUCGUGGUACAUCGUCCUGAUCUCCACAAAACACAAAGGUCCUGGUACAAACAAGAAGAUGUAUUUACAGCAUGGGAUCACUUUGUCAGUGCUUCGAAUGAUCUGGGACUGAUGGAUUCAUUCAGAUAUGAUCUUGUGGACGUCACACGACAAGCCUUGCAAGAAUGGGCCUAUAUUUACUACCAAGACCUUAUGGAAACCUAUAAGUCUGGAGACCUCAUCAAAUUCAGGGAUGCAGCUGAAAUAUUCCAACAGACACUCAGUGACAUGGACAGGAUUCUUGCCACCCACCAGAACUUCCUUCUGGGUCGCUGGAUUGAAGAUGCAAAAUCAUUGGCCACAAACGAUCAGGAAAGAUCACUGUAUGAGUUUAAUGCCAGGAACCAGAUUACCCUAUGGGGUCCAAAUGGAGAGAUUGUAGACUAUGCCAACAAACAAUGGUCUGGGCUGGUUGCUGACUACUAUGCUGAGCGGUGGUCACUCAUGACUAAAGCUUUGACAACAGCCCUGAUGGAGGGGAAGAAGUUUAACCACACAGCCUUCCUGCUGGAUGUUUUCCAACAAGUGGAACAGCCCUUCACACUAGCAAACAAGGCAUAUCCUAACUAUCCAACAGGUGACACCUUGCAGGUUGCAAAAGAACUGCACCAAAAGUACAGACCAAGAACUUUGUGAGUCUAAGCACUUUGCUGAUACCACUGAGCUUCGUUCAGUUCAGUUCAGUUUAUUGAACUUUACAAUCUUUAAGCCUUGGGAAAUAAUGCUUUUCCCCCAGUAACUACAUCAUUAUAUGAACUUUAUGAUAUCUGCUGGCAGAUCAUGAUUUUGAACUUUACAGUUGAUAUUUGUAUAUGUAUGUAGCCUAAUAUUAAGGCUAUAACCAUAUCUAGUGUAACAAUAUUAAUGAUCAAGUGUAAAAUGUGUAUUAGUUGCAGUCAGAUAGCAAUAAAGGGACCCACUCAGAUGCUGGCUGGGUAAUUGUGUGUUAAGAUCAAGUAAAUCCUUGAGGAUGAAAAGCUAGACACAGACUAUAUAAAAAUCAAGAGACCUUCACCUUAGUAAUGCAAAAGAUAGAGCUUGAGGCACCAAGUGGGCUGCCAGUCAGCCUCCACAUACUCAAAAGAUCUACACAGUGUCAAUUGAAAAGACAGAGGCUUCUGGUGGGCUGCUACCAAACCACCAAACCCUCACCUACUCAACAAGCUACACAACGUCAACCCAAAAGACAAAGACAACAGGCAAAUUACCACCAAACCGCCACCUUCACAACAAACCUACACAGUGUUAAUGCAAAAGACAGACUCUGAGGCUUCUGCUGGGCUGCCACCAAACCGUCACCUACCGGUACUCAACAAGCUACACAAAAUCAUGAGACAAAGACAACUGACAUUAAUUACCACCAAAGAACCACCUAGCUACUCAUCAAAUUUACACAGUGUCAGUGCAACAGAACAGGAAUCUGGUGGGCUGCCACCAAGCAUCCACCUACUCCACAACAUUCACAGUGUCAACCCAAAAGACAAAGACAACUGGCAAAUUACCACCAAGCCUCCACCUACUCAACAAGCCAUAAGUGUGAAUGCAAUAGACAGAGGCUUCUGGUGGGCUGCCACUAAGCCCUUACCUACUUCACAACCUACAAUUUCACCCCAAAAGACAAAGAGAACUGGCAAAUGACCACCAAGCCUCCACCUACUCAACAAGCCAUAAGUGUGAACGCAAUAGACAGGCUUCUGGUGGGCUGCCACUAAGCCCUUACCUACUUCACAACCUACAAUGCCAACCCAAAAGACAAAGACAACUGCCAAUUUACCUCUAAGUCUCCACCUACUCAACAACGUACACUAUAAAAUGUAUGUUAUCCUUAAAGACAGGCAUGUGCCACAAAGCCUACACAGAUAUGUGCAAGCACGUCUAACCCUAAUAGAACGGCAUAAACCGAUAGUUGAGUGAAGUUUUGUCCUCAGAAUGAAAAAAAAAAGAAAAAAUAGAGCAAGGUUUGAGGUUAACCCAAUGAAGUUAAGGAGCGAAGAUACAAAUUAAAACAAGAAUGUAACUUCUAUAAGGAGGUACAUGUUUCAGCAAACUUCUCAAGACGUUUUUAAGAUUAGUUGAAGAAAACCUCCUUUAUAAUACAUAUGAUCAUAACUACAAGAUUGAUAGUCACAAUUGUAGGUAUAAAAUGGUAAGCUCUAACUUUAUCUUAAUAUGUUUUGUAAAUAAGCCAGGAUCUGAAUUGAUAUUACAUUUUAUCAAAAUAAGUUACGUGUCAUGAUUUUGUUUACAAGUUGCAUAUUAAAUCAUGUUUG